GCGGCGGAAGGGCUGGCGGAAGGCCUGGCAGCGCACACUGCUACUACUGCUAGCGGCGGUUCCGGCAGCAGCGGCACCUCAAGAUGUCCAUCGAAAUCGAGUCCUCAGACGUGAUCCGGCUGAUCAUGCAGUACCUGAAGGAAAACAGCCUCCACCGGGCGCUCGCCACCCUUCAGGAGGAGACCACCGUGUCCCUCAACACCGUGGACAGCAUCGAGAGUUUCGUGGCGGACAUCAACAGCGGGCACUGGGACACGGUGCUGCAGGCCAUACAGUCUCUGAAGCUGCCCGACAAGACGCUCAUCGAUCUGUAUGAGCAGGUUGUGCUGGAGCUGAUCGAGCUCCGAGAGCUGGGUGCUGCCAGGUCUCUCCUGAGGCAGACGGAUCCCAUGAUCAUGCUGAAACAAACUCAGCCAGAGCGCUACAUCCACCUCGAAAACCUUCUGGCCAGGUCUUACUUUGAUCCUCGAGAGGCAUACCCGGAUGGGAGCAGCAAGGAGAAGCGGAGAGCUGCUAUUGCACAGGCUUUGGCUGGAGAGGUCAGCGUGGUGCCUCCGUCUCGUCUCAUGGCACUCCUGGGGCAGGCACUGAAAUGGCAGCAGCACCAGGGCCUGCUUCCUCCCGGUAUGACAAUUGACUUGUUCAGAGGCAAAGCGGCUGUGAAAGACGUAGAAGAAGAAAAGUUCCCCACGCAGCUGAGCAGGCAUAUUAAGUUUGGGCAGAAGUCACAUGUGGAGUGUGCUCGGUUUUCUCCAGAUGGACAGUAUCUGGUUACUGGCUCAGUUGAUGGCUUCAUUGAAGUAUGGAACUUCACUACUGGAAAGAUUAGGAAGGAUCUGAAGUAUCAGGCACAAGAUAACUUCAUGAUGAUGGAUGAUGCAGUGCUGUGCAUGUGCUUCAGUAGAGAUACAGAAAUGCUAGCAACUGGAGCACAGGAUGGAAAGAUCAAGGUGUGGAAAAUCCAGAGUGGUCAGUGUCUGAGAAGAUUUGAACGAGCUCACAGUAAAGGAGUUACAUGCCUCAGUUUCUCUAAAGACAGCAGCCAAAUUCUGAGUGCUUCUUUUGAUCAAACAAUCAGGAUUCAUGGUUUAAAAUCUGGGAAAACCCUAAAGGAAUUCCGUGGUCAUUCUUCCUUUGUCAAUGAAGCUACUUUUACCCAGGAUGGCCACUAUAUUAUCAGCGCAUCCUCUGAUGGCACAGUGAAGGUUUGGAAUGUGAAGACCACAGAGUGCUCCAACACCUUCAAGUCUCUGGGUAGCACUGCCGGGACAGACAUUACUGUGAACAGUGUCAUUCUGCUGCCUAAAAACCCCGAACACUUCGUUGUUUGCAACAGAUCGAAUACAGUCGUCAUCAUGAAUAUGCAAGGACAAAUCGUAAGAAGUUUUAGCUCUGGUAAGAGAGAAGGUGGUGACUUUGUCUGCUGUGCACUUUCACCUCGUGGUGAAUGGAUCUACUGUGUUGGUGAAGAUUUCGUGCUGUACUGCUUCAGCACAGUGACGGGCAAGCUGGAGAGAACUCUGACUGUCCAUGAAAAAGAUGUCAUUGGCAUUGCUCAUCAUCCCCACCAGAACCUGAUUGCCACUUACAGUGAAGAUGGCCUCCUCAAGCUCUGGAAACCAUAGAUUUGAUUUUGCAGCAAGCUCUGAAGCAUGCCUGUUAGUUGCAGGUUACUAGUGUUUGUGCUUUGACAAGGUCUAAGUAUGCAGAGUGUGAUACUUGCUCAAUUUUCAGUUCAGGUUUCCAGAGAAUUAAAUUUUUACCUACCUAGAGUGGAUUGAUGCAUAAAUAUAGCAUCAGCUAAUUUCAUAUACUUUUAUU